AUGUGGAGGUUCAAACAUUUUACUCAAAAAGAACCAGCUGGCCUUGAAGGUCGCUAUGUUGAUGUUGGCAAUCUUAAGAUUCAUAUCCGAAAUGCCAUUGCGGAGGGUGGGUUUUCCUGUGUUUAUUUAGCUCGAGAUGCUGUGCAUGCAUCAAAGCAAUAUGCUUUAAAGCACAUGAUAUGCAAUGAUGAGGAAUUGUUGGAAUUGGUGAUGAAGGAGAUCAAUGUGAUGAAAGUGCUCAAGGGGCAUCCCAAUGUUGUCACACUUUAUGCACAUACCAUCUUAGAUAUGGGAAGGACGAAGGAAGCGCUCCUCGUAAUGGAAUUUUGCGAAAAAUCUCUGGUUAAUGUGCUGGAGAGUAGAGGAGCAGGAUACUUUGAGGAAAAACAGGUCCUUUCCAUAUUUAGAGAUGUCUGUAAUGCUGUUUUUGCUAUGCACUCUCAAUCUCCGCCAAUUGCUCACCGAGAUUUGAAAGCUGAGAAUCUUCUGCUGGGACCUGAUGGAUUGUGGAAAUUGUGUGAUUUUGGGAGCACUUCUACAAAUCACAAACGCUUUGAGAAGCCUGAAGAAAGGGGUGUUGAAGAAGACAACAUUCGGAAGCACACAACACCUGCCUAUAGAGCCCCUGAGAUGUGGGAUCUGUUCCGGAGAGAUCUUAUAAAUGAGAAGGUAGACAUAUGGGCGCUUGGUUGUCUACUCUAUCGCAUAUGUUACUUCAAGAGUGCAUUUGAUGGAGAAUCAAAGCUGCAAAUAUUAAACGGGAACUAUCGCAUUCCAGAUUUACCACAAUACAGCUCGCCAGUGACAGACUUGAUCAGAGACAUGCUUCAAGCAUCACCAGAUGACCGACCAGACAUCACGCAGGUAUGGUUUCGUGUUAAUGAGCAGCUACCAGUUAAUUUGCAGAAGUCGUUGCCUGAUGGGCCACCUGAAACGCAAUCUGUGGUUAUACAUGGAGGUAUUGCAAAAGCUGCAAAUAGGUCACCUCCAAUGCCCCAAAGAAGUCCACCACCUCCACCUUCAUCUGGGGUUGGGGGAGGUGGGGGACAGCUUGGUGCUUUCUGGUCAACACAGCAUGCAAAGGACUCAUUGUUUGGCGAAGACAAGAACAGACCGAAAUUCGAUGAAGAACCUAGCCAUAACACAUCAAAACAAGAUAGGAGUCAGCCAGAGAAUCACAGUUUUCCCAAAAAUACUAGCCCUGCAAAGCAGGAAAAUGUACAGACCCAUGUGGCUGGUAGGAGGAAUGUGCAUAAUAGAUCACAUGUGCCCGAGGAUGGUCCUUCCAAGGACUUUGAAUCAACUUUUUCUCAGAAAGAUAUAGAUUAUGGCAUGGAAAGGCCGAAAGCAUCAAAACCAGCUGCGACAUUUUUAUUUCAAGAUGAGGCUUUUAAUACUUUUGUUGCUGAAUUUGAUAGCAAUAAGCUCAACUCUAGACUGAGUAAUGACAAAGGGGCAAAGGAAGAAACGUUAGAGGCUGAAGUAGAGAAGCUUAAAGAGCAGCUGAAGCAGGUAAACUCUGAGAAGGCUGAAAUAACUUCGAAAUUUGAAAAGCUGUCUGCCAUUUGUCGAUCUCAGAGACAGGAGAUACAGGAGCUCAAGCAAACUCUGGCUGCUAGAACUCCUUCACCAAAUAAAUAUCAAGCCUCAUCUAGAAUUCAACCAUCUGAAAGUCCUCCGCAAGAAAAAUCUGACUGGAGUAUCCCAAGCCCAGAGCCAAAGUCAUGGCAAGCAUUUGCAGAUGAUACCAAGUCACAACAGCAGCAGCAUCUUUCAAAAGGCAACAGUCCACACUCUGUUAGAACCAGAAAUGCACAUCGGAAUAAGCAGGCUACUGAAUCAACGUCUGAUUUUGAUUCCUGGGGUUUUGGAUCAGAGAGCUUUACAGCUGUCCCAGCCGCCAGCCCUCAAAUUCCAGGGUCUAAUACUGAAGUGCGCUUGGGUGGCUCAACAAUUACAGAGAAACAGCCAGCGACGCAACCUGCUGGAUGGGCUGGUUUCUAG